AUGGCGUCGUCGGUGCGGGCCGGGCCGCGGCUGCGGCGGGCGGUGCGGGCCGGAGAGCUGGCGGCGCUGCCCGCCGGGCUGAGGGGUGAGCUGGAGGCGGCGCUGGCGGAGGAAGGAGCGCUGGUGCCGUUCGGCCUGCUGCGGAGGCUGCACGCCGCGCUGAGGGAGGCAGGGUCGGCGCUGCACCUGCACGAGCUGCUGGAAGGAUGCGAGAUCCACCUGCCCGAGGUGCCGGUGCCGCCGCGGAACCCCGAGCUGGUGGCACGGCUGGAGAGGAUCAAGGCCAAGCUGGCACACGAGGAGUACCGGCGGAUGACCCGCAACAUCACCGGCCAGGAGAUGAACGGGCCAUUGGCUGAAUUUGGGAGGCAAGUUCGCUCCGUGAAAGCCGUUGUCAUCACCAUCUUCAACUUCAUCAUCACCGUGGUGGCCGCCUUUGCCUGCACCUACCUGGGCAGCCAGUACAUCUUUGCAGAGACAGCAGCGCGUGUCCUGUCAGCUGUCAUUGUGGCCUCGGUGGUGGGCUUGGCCGAGCUGUACGUGAUGGUGCGGACCCUCGAAGGGGACCUUGGGAAACUGUGACCAUGAACUGCAGGUUUCAUGCUGGAGGAUUUUGUCCUCCCCAGGAGCUGCUAAUUUGGGACAGAUCUUGUCCUGUCUGUACCUGUUCCUGCUGUGGGAAGACUGCUGCACUCCUCAAGCUCAUCCUUUGCUUCCUGCUCCUGAAAUGAAUCGUGGGUUGGAAAUCCCAGAGCUGCAGGACAGGACAGGGAAUGGCUGUGGAUUCCAACCACCCCAGCAGGGAGAGAGGCAUCAGCUCCUGCUAUCCCUGUUCUGGGAAAUUCCUGUCCUUUUAUUCUGGGAAUAAAUAACACUGUGUGUUUCUAACUUUC